GCUCCCACUCCAACCAUCUCCCUUCUCCUCUCCUUUCCUCUCCCUUCCCCCCGAAGCUGCCGGCAGCCAGCGCCGCCAGCCCCUCCUCCUCCAGCCGCCGCCGCUCUCUCCUUAUAAGUCCCCCGUCUCGCCGUAUCCCUCCCCAGAUCUCGACGCAGACCGCCGCUACCGCUACUCGUCCUCCUCACGCACGCGCUUAAUCAUCUUCUUCUACCACCUUCUUGCUUCCACCACCAAGAGACCGGGAGCCGAGCAGAGCCAGCCAGCAGGCAAGAACCUGCCCGCGCCCAUGUCUGUGCGAGUGGCUUCGCCGGCGACGGCGGGGGAGAAGGCCAUGGCGCCGACGGCGUGGCCAUACCUGGAGUACAUGGCGCAGUGGGAACGCCAGGUGGAGCGGCGGCAGCUGUUCCUCCGGAGCUACCACUUCUCCCGCGACGCCGAGGUCUCGCCGCGCGCGCGCACGCGCCGCGUCGUCUGGGCCGGGGCGCGCCGCCUGCGCCGCGCCGCCGCCAAGGGGCUCCGACGUCUCCGCGCGCGCAUCCGCCUCUGUUUCGGCUGGGCCGCGCCCGCGCUCCGCCGGCGCUCCUCCCCCCGCCGUGGCGGCGUCCACGGGUUCCGCUACGGCCGCCUCCCCCGCGGAAAGGCGCCGCCGGCCGCCGCCAACGCCGCGUCCGUCUGCUUCUGGUAGCCGCCAGGUCGCGAGCUAGAAGGGAAGGCCAACGCGUCAGCGCACUCGCUGGCUUCCAAGUUAAGCUCUUGAUUGCUUAGGUGAAACAAUUAGCCGGUGAAUGCUAGCUAGCGGCGGCUUCUGCUCCAGUUCCAUGGAGUGUUCGUCGCUGCUUGCUCUGCUCGCUGUUUGACUAGAGAGAGAGAGGAUAAUUAAGUAAACAGGGCAGCUGUUGCUCAAGUGGGAUUGGUUGUGUGUGGAUGUUUUUUCGUUCUUUUUUGGUGUCUAAUUACUCUGAAUGAAUUAACUGUGUAUCUAUCUGAAGUCUUCUCUGUUCUUGCUUGACGCCUCUUCUGAUUUCUUACCUUCAUAUGUGAUGAUUGGUAACUCUGAAA